GGAAAAUUGAAGGAAAACUGGUUAUUGCUUCAACGAAUUAUAGAUUGGAGAACGUUUAUAUCAUACCGUUAUUACUGGAUGAUAGCUUUAAUCCUUUAAUUCUUAGCAAUCAUGUUGUAAAAUUUCAAUUAUAAUUCAGUGGCUUUAAAUAAAAGGAAGAAGCUGCACCCUCAACAGUUCAAUUGCAAGAUGUCUAAGAUAAUAUUCAUCGCUUUGUUAAGUGUCGCAGGAGUGUUGUCCCUCGAUGAAUGCGAACAUGUCGGAAUGUAUCCAGGUCCUUCCAAAAAGGAAUUUACAGUCUGCAGUGAAGUCCAUGGAACUCUGUUAAAAUCCGUCCACUCCUGCUGCAACGAGACGGUCUUUUCACCGAGCCAGAAGAAGUGCGUUUUGCCUGGAUUGGGAGUUUCAGUUUACUCGCAGAUGUCAACUGAUGAUGCAGUCAAGUUGGAAUGCUUGAAACCCGGUCUGCAAUGCGCGGACUGCAACACUCUUCAGGUGUGCAUUGAAUACGUCGGCUACGAUCGUGCGGUGGAGGUGAAUCCUGUGCUUAACAUCACCUGCAAUCUCGACGAAGUCUGUCAGUUUAAGAAAGGCUGCGUGAAAUUGACCGAAGGAGGGUUCUGCAAUUUGAAACCGUUCGAAUGUACGGAUUUAGGCGUUUUCCCAGAUCCUUUCGACUGCAGGAAGUAUUAUUUCUGCGCGAAGGACCAGAAACGCGAGCAGGUCCUCACCCUGCCGUUCUUAUGCCCUGAAGAAGGUGGAUCCUUCGACGUGGAUUCUGGAAAUUGCGGCUUCCCACUUGAUUCCGAAGCAUGCAAGAACAAACCACUUCCAUUCUGCGAGAAAGAACUUCAGAUGGGUGCAGUCGGACAAGGCAAUGUUUAUUACAUGUGCCAAAAGAACGAAGACGGUUUGUUGGGGCCCAGCAUGUACAGGUGCCCUUAUGGAAAGAAGUUCGACAAGGACAGCUACAGCUGUUUGUAGUCUUGUACUUACAAGUUAAUUUUACUUUAAUACAGUCAUAACAAUAAAGGAAUUGUUGGUUUAAAA